AUGAAAAAGAGUUCCCACAAUUCCGAAAAUAAUCAUGUUUCACCACCACCACCACAUUCUUCUUUUGCUCCCUCAGUUGUUGUUGGCAUACCAAAUGUGCCUGCAGUCUCCUCGUCCUCAUCCUCCACCACCAUUUCUUCUUCUUCGUCAUCAUCAUCAUCGUCUCUAUUUUCAAAUGCAAACGACAAUACAGAGCUUAUGAGAGGAACGCCGAUACCUCCUACACCAUUGUCCUCGGUAGAAAACAGUAGCCCAUCUACCCCAAAAACAUCAACAAUUACUCAUCAAUUUGAAAAUACCAAACCACUUGAAAAACCAAAUUAUUCCUCAAAUCACGUUACUGCUACUUCUCAGAUCUCAGAGAAGAGAUAUAAGAGUAUUACGGUUGAUGGUCAGAAAACUACCACUGCCACUACUACCCACCACUACCACCACGAAAAGCAAUCAAGAGACAAGUUUAUCAUUAGUCCACUCGAAAAUAGUUGUCAAGAUUAUCUACAAUUAAUCGAACCAAAUCCAGUUUGUCCCCCAUCUUACGACACAUUACCACCUGGUGGGUGUCCCAAAUUUCCCAUUGUACAAACAAUAACUACAUUUGAUAGUAUGACAGUACCAUCAAUAAAUCUUUCUUCUGCCGCCGGCUGCCUCACUACUGCGGCCGCUGCCGCUACUGCUGCGGCUCCUCCUGCACGAUCGGCGAAUAUGAUGAUUCUGAAACCUGCGCUACCAUUCGAGCCGUCUCCACUACCGCCGACGUAUUCUCCUUCAAUUUACAAAAUAGGAGUAAUUGCUAGAAAACUAGAGUGGAUUAGCCCUUAUGAAUUGUCACCUAAUAGAAGCUGGAAAUAUCUCAUUAUUGAACUAAACUCAACUCAGCUAAAUUUUUACACUAUACCAAGUCAUUUAGAGCCUGAAAUAUUGGGGUUUCAAGCAAGUCCUAAUAAUAUUGCAAUUAAAGAUUUGAAUAAUCAUUCAAGCUUUACUACUCCUUAUGAUCACCAAUUCCACAAUUUUGUUAAGAAGCUAGGGCUAUUAGAGACCAAUACCAAUCACAACAAUAAGAAACGGCCUUUGAUUAGAUCGUACUCUUUACAACAUGCGAAAAUAGGAUUGGCCUCUGAUUACAAGAAAAAAUUUAAUGUGCUAAGAUUAAGAAUUGAAAAUGAACAGAUUUUGCUAAAUUUCGCUACAAUACAAGAUUUGAUUGAUUGGAACUUGCUGAUUAAUAUAGGUAAAGAUGUAGCUAUUGAUAUUAAUGAAAGGGAAUUACCAAGGUAUAGAACCGUGCCAAGAAGAAGGAGGAGAAGAAGAAAUGGAAGAACGGGGAGUAGUAGUAACUAUGAUGAUUUCCCGGAAUCAACACAUCGCGCAUCAAGACUAAGAGCUGCUUCAGAUCCAAGUAAAAUUAAGGGAAGAUUUAGCAGAUUAAAGUCUAAAUUGUCAUCUACUAGAUUAAGAAGUAGUAGCAAUGCUUCUGAUACUAAACUGAAAAGACUAGAUACAAGCAUUUCCACAUUAGCUCCUCAGCUCAACUCAUUGUCAGCUUAUAGUUCACAUUCAGAGUUCAAUUUAACACAGUUGGAAAUCGACCAAGCAUUAAGUGGCUCUUCUCAGAAUCUUUUAAAACCAAUUCAUAGAGGAGGAAGUAAAACAAGAAUAAGAACAAGAACAAGAGCAGAAACAGGAGCAGAAGCAGGAACAAGAACGAGAACAAGAACAAAAGCAAAAGCAAGAGCACAAAUAUUCACAAAUGAUGGUGAGGACUAUGAGGGAGGCGAAGAGGAAGAUGAAGACUAUGACGACGAAGAGCUCAAUGAAGCUUUACGAAGGUCAAGAAUUGAAACACUGAUGAGUUUACAUAAUAAUGAUGACGAAGAAGAUAUACAGAAUAUGUCAGAUUUGCCUCAUUCUGAUGAAGAAGAUGAAGAAGAUGAAGAAGAGGAUGACGAAGACGAAGACGACGAAAGAGAAGAUGACGAAGUGGAUGAUGAAGAGGUAACCAAUAGGUUUGCAUCUAUAAAUUUGUCUUCUUCUAAUUCUUCUUUUUCCCACCAGCCUCGCAAUCCUAGCUAUAGCAGUUAUCGAGACUUCAAAUGGAAUCCAAAAUCAGACAAGGUUCAAAGUAAACGAAAGUAUUAUAGAAACUGUUUACGCUGUAUCAAACCAUUAACUAUGGAAGAUACUUGGGUAAACAAGUCAUUAGUCAAACCUACGACUUUAUCGCCUUUGAAUAUGGCUUAUUUAAGAAUUGUCAAGUAUGGAGCACUUGAUAAUCUGCUCACUUCAAACUCUUUGUCAAGCUGCAGUUUGGUCUCAAUGAAUAAAAGAAAUGGGGGGAACUUAUUUAAGGAAGGAAGUGGAGUCAUGUUACCUGAUACUGCUUUAUCCAGGAUACCAAACCAUUUUGUUAAGGAAUAUUUUGUUGGAACACAUGGUUUAGUACCUAGAGAAAUUAUGUAA